AUGAAGCUUCACACUUCAUGUGUCCUCAUUUUGGUGGUGGUGAGUGCAAUACUAGUACAUAGCACCACCACUUUAUCUGCCGCCGAUGCCGGCACCGGAGAGGAGUCGGGAAGUCAAUAUGGUGGUGGUUACUAUCCACCACCUGUUGGAAGGCCUCAUAAACCACCACCAUAUCACCACCCACCUCAUCAUCACAGGCCACCGUCUUCCAAGCACCCUCCACCCUCUCAAGGCUACCCACCGCCUUCUCAAGGCUACCAACCGCCCUCUCGAGGGUACCCGCCACCUUCUCAAGGCUAUCAACCGCCCUCUCAAGGUUAUCAACCACCCUUUCGAGGGUACCCGCCGCCCUCUCAAGGCUAUCAACCUCCCACUCGAGGGUACCCGCGGCCGCCCUCUCAAGGCUAUCAACCUCCCACUCGAGGGUACCCGCGGCCGCCCUCUCAAGGCUAUCAACCACCCUCUCAUAGGCACCCUCCACCCUCUAAAGGGCACCCACCGCCAUCUCAAGGGCACCAACCACCCUCUAAAGGGCACCCUCCGCCUUCUCAAGGCUAUCAACCACCCUCUAAAGGGCACCCUCCGCCUUCUCAAGGGUACCAACCACCCUCUAGAGGGCACCCACCGCCUUCUCAAGGGUAUCAACCACCCUCUAAAGGGCACCCUCCGGGCUCUCACCACCACUACCCACCACCCAGUCUUGGCUACACCCCGCCUUCUCAUGGGCAUCAAGCACCAACCCACAAGACACCACCGUCCCAUCACGGACACCCACCACCCAAAGGCGGCUACACCCCACCAAUAUUUCAAAAGCCCCCACCGCACCAUCAAGGCCACCAGCCGCCAACCCCUCACCGGCAUCCACCUCCUCAUGGCGAACAUCGUCCUCCGUCCCAAUAUCCGCCGCCCUCUCCUACAUACCCUCCACCGUAUGGGCAGCCUCCACCAACUUCAUACUUGCCGCCAUCACCUCCAAAGAAAAACCCACCGCCAACUUCACAUGUGCCACCGUCACCUCCAAAGCAAAAGCCACCGCCAACUUCAUAUGUGCCGCCGUCACCUCCAAAACAAAAGCCACCUCCAACUUCAUAUGUGCCGCCGUCACAUCCAAAGCAAAAGCCACCGCCUCCUUCAUACGUGCCACCGUCACCUCCAAAGAAAAAGCCACCGCCUCCUUCAUACGUGCCACCGUCACCUCCAAAGCAAAAGCCACCGCCAACUUCACAUGUGCCUCCGUCACCUCCAAAGAAAAAGCCACCGCCAACUUCACACGUGCCACCGUCACCUCCAAAGCAAAAGCCACCACCAACUUCAUAUGUUCCGCCGUCACCUCCAAAGAAAAAGCCACCGCCAACUUCAUACGUGCCGCCAUCGCCUCCAAAGCAGAAGUCUCCACCAUAUACUAAGCCUCCACCAACUCCAUAUAAUGCUUGA